AUGGAGGUUCUAAGUUCUAAUGGAACUUUUCUUUUGUUGUUGGAAUUUCGGUGGGAAGCAGGGGACUUUGUUUCUUCGUACUCAGAGAGAAAGUCUGGUUUUAUGAAAUGGUUUGGCAGGAUUUUCAAAAUUGGGUCCAGUAGAGGAAGGGGUGGUGGUCAUCAUCUACAGCAACCCGAAGAGGAAAACAUGGUUUGGCCAGCUCCAGCUAGAUCAUUGGAUGACCGUGCUAGAUCUCGGAAAGAGAAAGAGGAUCUUGACCAUGCAAUUGCACUUUCUUUAGGCGAAAAUUUUAAGAGACCAACAGGGUAUAGAUGGCGAACAGGAGCAAGAACCGAUGAAGAUUAUGCAAAGGCUCUUCAGGAUCGCAUGUUCUCAUCUGCUCAUCCUCCAUAUGCCCCUGUACCUGCUUAUCCCCAUGGAUAUGGUAUGCCAUCGCAUAGCAGAAUAUGUGGAGGGUGCAACCAAGAGAUCUAUGGCGAUUGUUUAGGAGUCGGUCAUAGUUAUUUUCACCCAGACUGCUUUCGGUGUCACUCUUGUCGUUACCCGAUUACUGAGCGUGAGUUUUCUUUGUCAGGGAAGCAUCCAUAUCACAAGUCCUGCUUUAAAGAAUUGACCCAUCCUAAAUGCGAAGUUUGCUAUCAAUUUAUACCAAUAAAUGCUGCUGGUUUGAUUGAGUAUAGGUGCCACCCCUAUUGGAACCAAAAGUAUUGUCCAUCUCAUGAAUUUGACAAUACAGCUCGGUGCUGUAGUUGUGAAAGAUUAGAGUCUCGGGAUGAAAGAUACUAUAGAUUGGAAGAUGGAAGGAUUUUGUGCUUUGAGUGCAUGGAAUCUACUAUAAACGACACUGGUGAAUGUCAGCCUCUUUAUCAUGCUAUCAGAGACUAUUACGAAGGAAUGAAUAUGAAGAUAGAUCAACAAAUCCCAAUGCUUCUUGUUGAGAGACAGGCACUUAAUGAUGCCAUUGUUGGAGAGAAGAAUGGUUUCCAUCACCUACCAGAAACAAGGGGCUUAUGCCUUUCAGAAGAGCAAACUGUCACAAGCGUACAAAGACGGCCAAGAAUUGGAGGUCAUAGAUUAAUAGGGAUGAGAUCUCAACCUCAAAAGCUGCAUAGAAAAUGUGAAGUUACAGCUAUUCUUGUUCUCUAUGGUCUUCCAAGGUUACUCACAGGUGCUAUACUUGCCCAUGAGUUGAUGCAUGCUUGGUUACGCCUCAAAGGUUACCAUAACCUUAGUCCUGAAGUAGAGGAGGGUAUUUGUCAGGUACUUUCUUACAUGUGGCUUGAGGCAGAGGUGGUGCCAUGUGCUAGAACCAUGCCAUCAACAUCAUCAGCUUCUUCAUCCUCCUACUCCUACUCCCACUCAUCAAAGAAAGGUGCAAAAUCUCAUGCUGAACGUAAAUUGGGUGAGUUUUUCAUGAACCAGAUUGCCAAUGAUUCUUCCCCAGCUUAUGGUGGUGGCUUUAGAGCGGCUAAUGGAGCUGUGAAUAAAUAUGGUUUACGUUGCACUCUGGACCAUAUUCUUUUGACUGGUAGAUUCCCACUGUAA